ACAUAUCUUUCGCUUCACUUUGUGUGAUUUCGUAUUUCUUUCUUUCGUGUUUCUUCAAUUCGCUGUAUGUCCAUGACAUAAACAGUUCCCAUCAAUGUAUAACGUAAUACACCAUUGCAUGCAAAAUUUACUGUUAUUAUGUGAAAAUAAAUUGUUUGACAUUUAAGAAAGCAUACAUGAAUCCUCUUAUUUUCAAAGAGUUAUUACGAAAAUUGUGCCAUUUCGUGUUCUUUGGCAGUAUGCCCACUGAUAUAUACACACACACACGGAUUCGAAACGCACAUAUGGAGUGAGAGUUGCUUAUAGUAACGAGUUACUACCUACGUCUUUCUGACCGAACGGCUAACCGGAGAAUCGGUUUCGAAGAAAGUUUCAGUUGGUCCGAAACCUAGAAAGGCGACGAUCGUUUGCAUUACGAAAAGAAAGAAAUAGUUAAAUUCGAUUAUGUUGUUAUACAUAUAAAAAAUUAAAAUAAAUAAAAAUUCGUGACAUAAUUAGACGUAAAUAAAUUUCUUAUUAAAGCGCUUCGUACUAUUUGCAAAGAAACGUGAACAUUAUGUUAUACUUCAAAAUGAUAAGUAAAUUUAUCUUCGUUUGGUGCCUCUCGUAUUUAUAUUCCGAAGCUCACGCCGAACAUUUCUCACAAUAUUUCCAAGAAUCAUCUGACAAUACUCAAUGCAUUUUUGAUGUUCCUCAGAAGAUUUACUAUGUAACAGAUUUAUUGCGGUGCAUGGAUGAACUCGCUAUCGGUCUUUUAGCUCAAAAUAGAGAUCAAUCGUUAAUUGUAGGACGAACAAGUCAAACGGAUUCGUUAGAUUACGAAGAAAAUUCUUAUGGAUUUCCUUAUGGAAAUAUAAUUUUAAAUUUACUUAAUAUUGCCCAAGUACCAUCGGAGUCUAAUAAUGUCCCAAUAGAUUCUAAUAUUGGAAAUUAUCAAUUAAAUACGCUGAUCAAUCCUCUCAAUCAAUUUGGUAGUCUUGGAGCAAAUAUCUUUAAUGCUAUGUCAUCAAUCUCUCGCUACGAUGAUCUGAAAUGCGUGCCGAGAAUACUCUGUGAAGUGGCGAGUGGAAAUCCACCGGGAGAAUAUAAGCAAGUAUCAACGGAGAACAAUGAGCAAUAUUUAGGAGAAUCUGGAAGAAAUAUUUUCACGCAAUGGCUCACCGGUUUGGCACAAGCAUCUCCUAUACUAAGUUUUGCUCGAGCCACCGUUUUGGGUUAUAGCAGCAAUGGAAAUCCAGCCAUGUGUUACCGUGCAUUUCCGAGAUGUCCGCGUAAUCCGGACAAACUGUUGCAUUAUCUGAACAAUCAUAAUGGUGGAUUCUUUCAGUUCUUCAACAGAGGCGGACGCAAGAGAUAUUCUCAAUCAUCUUACGCUUUGCAAGAUAAUUCGGAACUACGCGAAGAAAGAAGAUGGAAUGCUCCGUCGCUGAAUAUUGCCGGAGCGGAAGCUGAUCGUACUGGAACGGGCAAGCUAAAGUACGACUUUCCCGUUUUGACAAACCAAGAUCGCGGAAAAAGCUUCUUUCCGAGGGAAAAUACAUUGGAAAACUCGGGACGAGUGGUUUUCCCAGAUUAUGAGGAAUCGAGCGGUCGCCCCUUGAAAAGUAGAAUUUCUAAAUCCCUGUCAGACUUACGAGACUUUCAUGUAAAUACAUUUUCACGAGACUCUCCACUGGUUUUUCCUCAGGAAUCGAAGGCUCAAGCUGUUCACGUUUUACAUUUUAUUCCUGAAUCUCCGGACUCGGUAUCUCACAAUACAUUUCGGUUUCCACAUUAA